UCUCCCUGAUGUGUUUGGGGAUUUGAGGUUUGUAAUGUGUUUUGAGAUCUUUCAUAAAGUGUCCAGUAAGACCAGAGUAUGUCACCAGAACUCAAAUGUUUAAAACUUAUCGAAACCAUCUUGAGUAGAUGUUAUGCAAUUCUGUGGCUUUGAUAAUAAGUUGUACUUAUUAAGGAAGUACAUAUAUAUAUUUGGAAGUAUAUAUAUUUUAAAAGAAAUUCUGUGCUAUUUCUCGUUUUCUUUUGACUAUCAGAUGUGUGCUUGGGGUCUUCAGCUGUUAACUUGAGUGUCAACAUGAUUUAUAGAUGGUCUGUCAUCUAUAGAGGACAGUUUACCAGUUCCAGCUAGCCAUGCAGUUAAAUGCACUUCAGAAUGUUUCUUGCCAAGGACGAUGCCUUUUGCAAAUGUUUGAGAUGUUUGUUCUCACUUGUAAUUUAUUAGUGAACCUGUGUCCUAAUAGCAACUCCUUGGAAGUGCAGAAGACAAAGCUAGAAAGCAAGUGAAUGACAUUGGUUCGUUUUAUAUCAAGAAAAAUGCUUUCAUUGAAGAGUACUUGUUGUUAAACUUACUAGUUUGUAUAUUUGAUUCCUGUUCAAUUUCACAUGGUACCACAUCUAAUCACACUGUGUAAAGAAUCUGACAAAACGUCCUUUUACUUUGCUUUUCCUUGUGAGGAGCAUACAGCACUGCCACCUUGUUGCCAAAGUUUUGUUUGAUUUGAAUGUGCUUAAAAAAUCAAGUGAGCGCCUGUUGUGAAAAAGAGCUUACUCUUUCUUUGUCAGUACUUGCGAAAACAACUUAAAAGAAGUUAGUAUUAUUGGACUGAAUUCAGUAAUUAGCAUAAUCAUGAUGCUAUGUAUUGUUCAGCAGAGCACGCCCCUUGGCCAAAUUUCCCAUUAAGAGGACACCGAUGUUGUCCUAGUGAAUAAAUCCCAGCACACAUGAUGCAAAUCAGCGAGUUCCUGCCUGCUGCGCCGGUGCGGUUAAUUUUAGCUGGGGUUUGUUCUAGGAGUUGUAAAACUGUUUACCCAAGUAGAAGUUAGUAAGCUGAAAUGUGACUUCUCGGCCUAAGGUGAUAGGAUAUCUAUUUUAGACUUCAGAUUGUGUUCAUGGUCGGGAGAACAGUCUUCUGAAGAAUUGCGGCUCAGAUUUCUUUUGAAAGUGCUUGAGGAGACAUCACAGCUUUCCCAGAUUGGGAGGAAAAAUAUGGAAUGUGUUUUACCGCUGACUGAACACAACCAAAUGAACUGUACUGACAGUAGUUUGAAAACCAGCAGUUAGCAGUUUGUUCAGGCUCUAACAUUGUCCAGCACUUUCCAGAGCAAACUCACUGUUUACAAGAACUCUCGGCCUUACGACGUUUAUAACCUCAAGCUUUGUUUAUUUAAAAUAUUCCUGCACGAGAAAAGUACCUGGCGCCCACUUUCCAAAAUGGCCAUGGAUGAGUAUUUGUGGAUGGUCAUUUUGGGUUUUAUCAUAGCUUUUAUCUUGGCAUUUUCCGUUGGUGCAAAUGAUGUUGCCAAUUCAUUUGGUACUGCUGUGGGCUCUGGCGUGGUGACCUUGAGGCAGGCAUGCAUUUUGGCUUCGAUAUUUGAAACCACCGGCUCAGUGUUAUUGGGAGCCAAAGUAGGAGAGACCAUUCGAAAAGGUAUCAUUGAUGUGAACCUAUACAACGAGACAGUAGAAACACUAAUGGCUGGGGAAGUUAGUGCAAUGGUUGGCUCAGCUGUUUGGCAGCUCAUUGCAUCCUUCCUGAGACUUCCAAUCUCAGGAACUCAUUGCAUCGUUGGUUCUACUAUAGGAUUCUCACUUGUUGCAAUUGGUACACAAGGUGUGCAGUGGAUGGAGCUUGUCAAGAUUGUUGCUUCCUGGUUUAUAUCCCCACUGUUGUCUGGUUUCAUGUCUGGCGUGCUGUUUAUACUGAUCAGAAUUUUCAUCUUAAAAAAGGAGGACCCUGUUCCCAAUGGCCUCCGGGCACUUCCAGUGUUCUAUGCUGCUACAAUAGCAAUAAACGUAUUUUCCAUCAUGUACACAGGAGCACCAGUGCUUGGUCUGGUCCUUCCCAUAUGGGCAAUAGCACUCAUCUCCUUUGGCGUUGCACUGCUGUUUGCCCUUUUUGUAUGGCUCUUUGUGUGUCCAUGGAUGCGGAGGAAAAUAGCAGGCAAAUUACAAAAAGAAGCUGCUCUAUCGCGAGUUUCUGACGAAAGCCUCAGUAAAAUUCAGGAAGUGGAGUCCCCAGUAUUUAAAGAGCUACCAGGUGCCAAGGCUAAUGACGACAGCACUGUCCCUCUCACGGGGUCAGCUGGGGAGCCAUCUGGAACCUCUGAAGGCACAUCAGUGGGAAACCACCCCCGGGCCUCCUACGGAAGGGCACUUUCCAUGACUCAUGGCUCUGCAAAAUCACCUGUCUCCAACGGCACCUUCGGCUUUGACGGCCACACGAGGAGUGACGGGCACGUGUACCACACGGUGCACAAAGACUCGGGGCUCUACAAAGACUUGCUGCACAGGAUUCACUCAGACAGGGGCCCCGAGGAGAGGCCCGCACAGGAGAACAACUACCGGUUUCUGCGGCGAAAUAACAGUUACACGUGCUACACGGCAGCCAUCUGUGGAAUGCCUGUCCACUCGACCUUCAAAGCUGCUGACUCGUCAUCUGCGCCAGAGGACAGCGAGAAGCUGGUGGGGGACGCCGUGUCCUAUUCUAAAAAGAGGCUUCGCUAUGACAGCUACUCAAGCUACUGCAAUGCAGUGGCAGAAGCUGAGAUAGAGGCCGAUGAGGGAGGUGUGGAAAUGAAGCUGGCAUCUGAGCUGACGGAUCCUGACCAGCCCCGAGACGACCCUGCAGAAGAGGAGAAGGAGGAGAAGGACACAGCCGAGGUCCACCUCCUGUUCCAUUUCCUGCAAGUCCUUACUGCCUGUUUUGGAUCCUUUGCUCAUGGUGGCAAUGACGUGAGUAAUGCCAUUGGUCCCCUGGUAGCUUUGUGGCUGAUUUACGAGCAAGGUGCAGUCCUGCAGGAAGCAGUUACCCCCGUCUGGCUGCUGUUUUAUGGAGGAGUUGGAAUUUGUACGGGUCUGUGGGUCUGGGGGAGAAGAGUGAUCCAGACCAUGGGGAAGGACCUCACCCCCAUCACACCAUCGAGCGGCUUCACCAUUGAGCUGGCCUCCGCGUUCACAGUGGUGAUCGCCUCCAACGUCGGACUUCCUGUCAGCACCACACACUGCAAGGUGGGGUCCGUGGUGGCCGUGGGCUGGAUCCGCUCCCGGAAAGCCGUGGACUGGCGCCUCUUCCGGAACAUCUUUGUGGCCUGGUUUGUGACUGUCCCCGUGGCCGGGUUGUUCAGUGCUGCUAUCAUGGCUCUUCUCAUGUACGGGAUUCUUCCAUAUGUGUGAUUUGUCUUCUUCCGCCCAGUACACAAGGGAGGGUCUGGCGUGGGUAUGUGUGGGUGGCGUGUUACACGCACGCUGCCUGCUCACGGGCUGUCUCCCAGCCAGCUUGUCCGUGGCCCUUUCAUAUGGUUCCAAACCACACUGUUCACCUACACUGUAGAGAGUCAUCCUCCAGAGCUAACUUAACUACUGUACAUAAUCAUGUGCAUUAAACUGGUAUCGUGGUGACAUAACGUGGUGCAGUUACUUAUAUGUUAAAUAUAUAUUGUAUACAUAGAAUAGAUAGCAUUAUUUCAAACAUACUCGAAAUGGGAGUGGAGAAAUACUGUCUAGAAUUCAAUAUUCAACAAAUCUUUGUACGGAAUGAUUUCAGUGGCAAAUUUUAAGAACCUUUUAAAAGGAAAGUGUAGAUUGGAAAGUGCUAUUUUUCCCAUUGAAUAUACUGUAAGAUAAGUGUGAAUCGGGUUGGAUGCACAUUUGGGAAGAUGUACGUCCGGGGUGUGCUCUUGAGUAAUACUGGGGUAGGAGUUCACAAGUGCUUUCACUGAGGAAUUUGUUCAUAUACUGUGUAUUGAUUAUGUAAUAUAUCAUAAUUGCCUCUGUAAAUACUUAAAACGGUAAUUUUUUAAUGGUGUGCUUCCCAUAUACUUUUUUGAUCAGAGAAUUUUGGAAAGUACCAAAGAAGCAGGGGAAUAGUUUGCCAGUAUUAUAUUUUCAUACUGUCUUUCUCCCCUUCCCAUGAAUCCUGUUAACCUAGGCUGUAGCGAGACCGCCUCGCCCCGGCCUGCCCCCUAGCAGGGCGGAGGCCGAAGCACCAGCCCCCUGUCACGUGCUCGUUACGAGCAUCCUACUUCCUGUCCCCCGCCCCCACUGCCACCACUCGCUAGUUACUGGUGAGCCCUGCAGUGGCCCGUCGUCGUCGUCGUCGUCAUCGUGUAGAGAAUGUACACGCGUGAGGCUGCCCGAUCAAGCACCACACACCAAGUCCAGUUUAAAUUUUCACCCGUACUCUCCCCUGCAGCCUGAAAGAGCGAAUUCUUAAAACACUAAGGCGAGUGAGUUGACAUUCAGGAGGGGGUAGAGUUGAAAUAUCAGACAAUACACUGGAUUUGAGGAUUUCCUUGAGGCCUUUACUAAGCUGAACAUCUUGAUGCUCUACUGUAGUCCCACUGGAUUCUGUCCUGAAAGCGGGAGGGAGGGAGUGUGAGUGAUGCUGGAGCCUGAAACCGUGGAAAUGCUGCUAAAAUUUUUAUAUUGACAAACGUUUUCUUGGUACUUCAUUGUGAUUUUUCAUUAAUCAACCAUAUUAAAUUUAUAAUAAAAAAUGCCCUUCAAAAGGUUGCCUCUGAAGUCUUUUUCUAAUUAUCUAUUCAAUGUUUUUUUGUUCAGUUUCCACAAAAAUAAAAGCUACGUAAUUUUACUUCUACUUUUCAAAUAACUCUUUGUAUUUUACGACUGUUACAUGUUUGUGCAAAAAAUAUACGUGCUGGGCGCCUGGGUGGCUCAGUCGGUUAAGCUUAAGGCUAAGCCUCUGACUUCUGCUCAAGUCAUGAUCUCACAGUUUUUGGGGACACCUCGGAGCCUGGAGCCUGCUUGGGAUCUGUGUCUCCCUCUCUCUGCCCCUCCCCUGCUCAC